CCCAGCAUGCACCGCAACCCAAGCUGUCUGCGACGUCUGCGACAUGACUCGUCUGCAUGACGUCAUCUGGCGUAAACCGUGACUCUUGUCUCGUCAUCUUUGUCAUUUAUAAUUAUGCCGGGUGACUAAUUAUUCGGUUUAUUCGAUCGCAAACGGCGUCACACCGAUCGAGGAAUGUUCUUCUAUCCUGAUCCACUUUUAUUGACUUUUAUCACAAAGACAAAUCACUAAGAGAAAGAAAGAAAUCGAGGCGUGGGAAGAGUAAUUCACGUUAUUCACGUUGUAACGCAGUACCGUGUUCGUACCAGGAAAACAACAGGCAUCGAAAUGACGGUCUUCCAUUUUACAUCACGCUGGGCUUGUAUUGUGAGGAUGAGGAGUGGAUCUGGAUGGAGGAUGUGGUUCUGCACUGUCCGCCUCAAUCAGACGAUGGGCUCAGCUCCAUAUUGGAGUUGACUGAGAAGCUCCUUGAACCUUUCCCCUGUCGCUCUCCUCCACUCUUUAGGCCGUGGUUCACAGACAGCCGGCUCCCCAUCAGACCGGCAAGGCCAGCUCCUGUCAUUCCUGCAGCAGAGGAGACCUUCUCAGCAACACAGCCCAGCACCAAAAACACUUCAGAGAACGGCCAUGCAGACAGGAUAGGCGCAGAAAAUCAUCAGAGUCCACGACCACAGCGGAGCAAGGACACAUUGUGUGUCUCUGAGACACCAGAUCAUCUCCUCUGUACACGCGGAAAUCAAGAACGCGUGCCCAUCAGGCGGUCUUGGAGCAUUGUCCCGCAGAGAGAACUGUUACCCCACUCUCAUCUGCUCUCCAAACAGUUUGAUUCCAUGGUUUCCAUCCACAGACUCCACCUCCGGCAGAGGGCCAAGUGGGUGAUAACCAAACACAACUGUGGGAACGUGGAGAAGGUUGGUGAAGAUCAGGGAAACGGUCAGCUCUUUGCUGGUUUCAGACGAAGGGUGUGGCGAGCUCUGAACAGAUCCAUCCGGAGCGCCAGGCUGCCCACCUGCAACGCCAACAUCCAGAGGGAGCGGGCGGAGAUCUGGGUGUUCUGUGAUGUUCGGUACGCGGAGCAGGUGGGGCGUCUCCUAAAGGAGGAGCUGGAGCUGUCGGGGAGAAUCCUCCUCUCUGUUCACAGACUGAGAAACAUCUUCAGCAUGUAGGGAGCUCCUCACCUCCCAAGUGUUGUCGCUUCUGUCAGUUUCUGCCACUGCUUUUAUUCUGAAGACAACGUCUUUGAGAAGUUCUGAGCCAAAGAGGAACGAGCAUGGAGACAACAGCAAACCUGCAUCUUCUUUCUACAGAUUGGGUUUCGUGGCUGUAAUUACAGCUGUGGACCUCAUGAAUGAGAGGAUGUAUGACAGUUUUAUAUGACUUCAAUGAACUCACAGUGGUGGUGAAACCUCUCAGACGUAAACAGAAACCCUCAAAAAUUAAAGGGAUGACUCUAGCUUUUCUGUGACGUCACAACAACAAAUUUCAAUAAACUCUUUUCACAUGAUGUCACACAUCGC